AUGACAAUCCGCGACGCCGUCGACUUCCUCCCGGUGCGUGCCAUCCACCGGGAGAUGACGUUGGAAGUUUUAGUGAAUCCCUCCACCCGGUUCAAGUCGCUGGGUGACCACACGACCGUCAUCGCACCCCUCGGUGGCCGUCGGGCCGUCGAAAGAUCUACCAACGACCGUAUGGGGGUCAUUGGGAGCAAGAUGCUGGAAGCCGUCUUCCUCGCCGCCCUCGUGCAGCGGCACCCGUGCAUCAGCAAGGACGAGAUGGAGUUCAAGUUCCAUCACCUCGGCGAGCUCGUCGAGUGGUGGGUCGAAAUGUACCAGCUGCGUGGGGCGCAGGCGGAGAAGGGUGUACAUGACCCUGCGGAAUGUCGAAGUCUGAUGGACCAAUUGGUCGGGAGACUAUACGUCGAACGAGGGCUCAAAGUGCCCGUCUGCACGCCUUGCGGCCAUCUCUGCUGCGAGGGAUGCCUGACGGCGUACAUCGAGGCCAGCGAUAACGCAAUGAGCGCGUCCUGUCCCACCUGUCGCGCCAACUUCACCAUAGCGAUCCCCGACCUUCAUUUUGUUCCCAAAAAGUAUCACUCCUUUAUGAUACCCAGCGUCCGACGCAUUUUCAUCCCCAUCGACGUCGAGGAGGAGCCCUCCGCGACCGUCGUCGACACCGAGGCCCGUCACAGCCUCCGCGCGCAGGUCGUCGGCCUGUCUGAAAAGGUCGACGGGCUCGAGCGCGACCGCGCGCUGCUCGUGGACCGCUGCGAGUCCGCCCAGCGCGCUGCCCAGGCGCACGCCCAGGGCGAGCGCGAGAUGCGCCUCGAGAAGGAGCGGCUGGAGCGCGAGAUGCGCGAGCUCCGCAUGAAGUACGAGGGCCUCAAGGGCAAGUACAAGAUGCUCAAAGCUCCCAUCAGCCAAGACAAGGCGCCCGCCCGCGCCCCGCCCCUGCAGCCCGCGCCCGGGGCGCGCCCCACGCACAAGCGCACGAGCACCCAAGCCUCGCUCGACGGCGCUCGCUCCGCACACCCCCUCGCCGCCCUCGCGCACGCCACCGUCUCGUCCGGGCCCGACUCGCAGGAUGACUCCGACUCGGCGCACCUCGCCCGCGUCGUCCGCCCGCAGUCGCGCAUCAGCAAGCGUCCGCGGCUGCUCGGCUCGCCGUUCGACCUCCAGAAGCGGAUGGAGGCCCGCCGCCGCGCGCGCGCGCACCGCGGCGUGUCCGACGACGAGCUCGACGCGGACGCGGACGUCAGCUUCGGCUCGUCGAGCGUCCUCUCGAGCGUCGGCCCCCAGCGCUCCGGCUUGCCUACGGGCGACAUCUUCUCCCCGAGCCACCGCGGCGGACGCGGUGGUGGACGGGCGAGCAUGAGCUGCCCGUGGCUGAUGACGCCCGAGGACGACUAA